AUGGUGCACCCCAACAGCACCCUUCUUUUGACCAUCAGUGCCGCAGGGACCGCCAUUGAGGUCGUCUUCCUAACCCUCUUCCUCAUCUUCUGUCAUGACAAGAAGAAGCGAUUCACCGUGCUGCUAAUCAUUGUCGCUGAGCUUGUUAUGGUCACCGCCCUCGCCACUCUUGUCCUUACCGUAGUUCACACCACUCAACGCCGCUCCAUGAUCGCCGGAAUUAUAGCCACUUUUUUCGGUAUCAUGAUGUAUGUUGCUCCUUUAUCGGUCAUGGUAAGUGUCAUAGAAUUGAGCUGCCCUACAAGACUGGAGAUCUUAUGUUAG